UCACUCUCUCAUCCUCUAUCGAGCUGCCCUGAGCUGCGGAUCUAUCCCAACGAGGCAGGGCUCUACACUGCCGCGCUGAGCUCCAGCAUCUGAUUAAUACAGACCUCCAGCUCAGGAAAAGUUGUCUAAAAACGAAGGCGGUCGUCGUCGAGGGCGCCAGACUGUAAUAAACAGAGCUGUAAUUGCGCUACUGGAAUUAAAUCUGAGCACGAAAGAGAGACUCGGCACCUCAAGAAGCAGCGAAAAUAGCGACUGUGAGGGAACAUUUCUUUCUCAGAGCUGCUGAGACGUGUGAGGAGAAAUAAUGAGGAACGGGUGGAUGUUGCUAACUCUCUGGGCACUGUGCUUUUGGGGCGAAGGGGUGCUGAUGUCAGGUCAUGCCUUAGUGGAUGACUUGUAUCUGGAGGAACAGCAGUCGGGUGAUUUUCCUGUCGAUGAUGAUGACUUCAGCUCUGGCUCAGGAUCAGGUUUCGGUAAUAAUGAUGAUGAGGAUUUGAUAGUGAUCUUGCGGAACAUGGAGCCCAUUGAGGAUUUCACCCAGACCAGCAGCCCCAGCCUGGAGACAUCUUUGCUUCUAGAGGUAGAAUCAGCCAUGGACACCACCGUGGAAGACAGAAUGGAGACAGAGGUGUCUGAUUAUCAGACUGAGGAGCCUCAGGUCAGUAUUGUAGCCACCAGCACCAGCAGUUCCCCUGGUCCACAUGAAUCUGACAAGCAGGUGCGCACAGAAAACCUCUUCCAGAGGACAGAGGUGCUGGCAGCUGUUAUAGCUGGUGGAGUGAUUGGCUUCCUGUUCGCUAUCUUCCUCAUCCUCCUCUUGGUGUACCGCAUGAGGAAGAAGGAUGAGGGCAGCUACGAUCUGGGGGAGCGUAAAACACCCAGCACAGCCUAUCAGAAGGCUCCAACCAAGGAGUUCUAUGCCUAAAUGACCAAGCAUUCUUAACAUUAACAUUCAUUUGACAACCAGUUCCUCAGUCUUUUAAACAAAAAGCUGGAAUGAUACAAGACUGAGGAGGGUUUUAUUGGAAACCUUAUUUAAUAACAAAGAUAUUUUUGCUUCAUAAAGCCAAUCAGGUCUUGUGUUUUCAUUUUGGAUUACAAUUUGUUUCUUUUGUGGAUUUUGAAAUUGUUGGAGAAAAUAAUAUGUAAUAUAAAACAGUGGAUCUUUUGUCAUGACUUUAUCCCUUGACUACUUUGUAACUGUAGAGGUAAAUGUUUGUAUUAAAAAAAUGAGGGAAGAGGUUGAAA